AUGAAAUCAGGAGGAGUAGAAGAGAUGAAAAUGUACCAGGACUGGGCGGAAAGAGAAAGGAGGUUCUCAAGACAAGUUAAAAAUGGACAUAACUCAGAAAGGGAAGUUGAAUAUACACAGCGGGUCACUCUGAAGUUACCUGGUCGAAUACUGGCAUCUGAGGCCGUUGAAGUCGGGGAGCAUGGGGAACAGCUGCCCCGGGAGCUGCCCCUGCUGCUGCCCAGGCCACCAGAGCCCGCCAGUGUGUCAAUCCUGAUCUUCAAUACUUCUCGGCAGUGUUUUGUUGUGGUGAAGCAGUUCCGCCCAGCUGUUUACAUGUGUGAAGUAGAAAGGCAUCAUCCUCAAGUCUUUCAGAAUCAGGACAAGGAGAGCUUCUCUUGUCUGGAGGAUACCUUACCUGCUGUGGUAGGAGUGACAUAUGAACUCUGUGCUGGCAUCGUAGACAAACCAGACCUUUCUUUAGAAGAAAUUGCAUGUGGGGAAGUCUUAGAAGAGUGUGGCUAUCGUGUUGCUGUGACAGACCUGAGGAGGAUCACUUCUUACAGGUCUGGAGUUGGUUUGACAGGUUCUAGGCAGACGUUAUUUUAUGCUGAAGUAACAGACCAGAUGAGAACUGGUGAAGGAGGUGGCCAGCCUGAAGAAGGAGAGCUGAUUGAAGUUGUAGAAAUACCCUUAGAAGACUCCAUGAAGUUUGCUUAUGAUGAGACUUUCCCGAAGACAAUGGGUGUCAUCUUCAGCUUCAUGUGGUUCCAAAACAACAUAGCACCAAAGCUUCCAAAAAAAUAA